AACGAGCUCAUCACCUCACGAAACUCAGUUCACACCUACACUUUCGCCGAGUCAGGAUUAUGAGGUACUUUCCACCUCUGAUCACAUCAGUACCUGCAGCAGCUCGCUCCCCCGCCCCGACCUCGAUGAGAAUGGCACGGGCAGGCCCGACAACCAUCGAAUUAUUAGCCUUUGUCGUCUCCAUCAGCAUCCCCGCAUGGCUGCUAAUAAACAAGUACAUCUCCCACCAACGCCGGAGUUGCCGAAUGGGUGCUUGGCUCGGUUUUGUUGCGUGGAACGUGUUUGGGUGUUUCCUCAUGGCUACCUAUAGCAGCGAAGCCCGAAGACUUCGACGGGAGAGGCAAUUCGUUAUGCAGGAGAAAAGAUGAUCUUUUCACCUGGAAUGCUUGGAGUUGAUCGAAGCUUUGCGCGGUACUCUCGACAGAUCGUCACACAACGACGACGAGGACACUUAUUGAACGACCAAUAGCGGAGGUGAGGCCCCCUCUGAACAGUCGCCCUUAGCUCUACAAUCCUGCUUCCACUCCUCCAUCCACGCUUUG